AAUUCUCCCAAACAUCGCAUCCUUCGGUGUGCUUGCUAUCUGAGGGUGUGGAAAAAUGUCUACGGCUGUGUUUUGAAGCGAAUUUAUGUGCGUUUAAAAGAUGGUUUUACCUUGUUGCGACGAUGAAGAGACGAGACAGCAGAAGCAGAGGUCCAAGGAUAUCGAUAAAAGGCUUAAUCGGGAAAAGGAGCGGCUUCGAAGACAAGUUAAGAUCUUGCUUUUAGGAGCCGGUGAGUCAGGAAAGAGCACCUUCUUGAAGCAAAUGAGAAUUAUUCACGGUGAAGACUACGAUGUAGCUGCACUCGCCGAGUUCAGGCCGAUUGUCUAUAGUAAUAUUUUAAAAGGAAUGAAGGUACUGGCCGAUGCUAGACGAAAGCUUGGUAUUGAAUGGGGAGACCCAAACAAUCAGAGAUAUGCCCGAACUAUACUGGACUUUCAAGCUCCUCAGAAAAUCGAGACGAGCUUAUUUCUUCAGUACGUCGACGCCGUGAACAAGUUAUGGCAGGACGAGGGUAUUCAGACCUCGUACGAUCGACGGCGAGAGUUUCAGCUGGGCGAUUCGACCAAGUACUUCUUGGAUCAGCUGCAUCGAGUCGGGCAACCGGAUUACCUGCCGACAAAGCAGGACGCUUUACACGCUAGAAAGGCAACCAAGGGCAUAGUGGAACAUGAAUUUGACAUCAAGGGAAUACCGUUCAAAAUGGUCGACGUGGGAGGACAGCGUUCUCAACGUGCAAAAUGGUUUCAGUGCUUCGAGGAAGUCACGUCGAUUCUUUUUCUUGUCUCCUCGAGCGCUUUUGACCAGGUCCUCAUGGAGGACAGGACAACCAACCGACUCGUCGAGUCGUGUAAUAUUUUUGAAACAAUUGUGAACAAUAAGUUCUUUAGCAACGUCUCGAUUAUAUUAUUUUUAAACAAGACCGACUUGCUGGAGAAGAAGGUUCAAGCGACAGACAUCAGAAAUUUUUUCCCAAACUACCAGGGGAGUCCACACAAGCUCAGCGACGUACAGCAAUUUAUUCUCGAAAUGUUUAACAGCAAGAGAAGGGAAAAGUCUAAAGCGCUGUUCCAUCAUUUCACCACGGCCAUCGACACAGAGAAUAUAAAGUUUGUCUUCCAUGCAGUUAAAGAUACAAUACUACAGUAUAACUUAAAAGCAUUGAUGCUCCAGUAAACCACGGCGAGAUAACCUUGUCUACAAUUGUGUUUUGAACAGUUUGCAUGCUCCCUAAAUCGACAUUUUGUACCUUAAUACGGAACUGAAAUCGCGUUACAACCUCUCCAAUCCGACUACAAAGGCAUAUUUGACUAUAAAUGCACUUCAUUUCGAGUCUAAAUUAAUUAUACGGUGUUUUCAAAACUUAAAAUGGCUAACAAACUAUGUUACGGUUUUAACCAAUUGACUUCUGUACCAUUUCAAAGAAAUGUUCGUUCUAAUCGGAACACGAUUGAUAGCAAAAAACAGUUGAGUAGACAAUUUGCUUCGCGGAUUAAUUUUUGAUCUGGCAAAAUGGAUGAAAAAAUAUCGCUGCAGUCAGAAAGAGCAUAUUAAAAUAAGCAAGGUUACAAAGUUUUGUUGCGAAAUGUUAUAAAAUGCGAUAAAUGUAGCGCUGCUAAGCGUUCGCAAGUUUUAUGUUUACUUCGGAAUUUCGCGUGAAAAUUGCUACAAUUAUCGUUCGGAAUUGUAGCAAUUUUUCCCGCCGAAUAUAUAUAUCAGUGCACAAAUAUUUACGAACUUUGCAAGGCUGUAUUUACCGCAGUUGGCGACGAUCCGCAAUCAAACUUUAAACUCCUACGUAUUUUAAUAUGCCUAUUUCUGGAAUAACCUUUUUUUAUCAAGCAGAUUGUCAAUUUUGAUUUCAUUGUUAUGCAAUGCAUAUGGUCGUCAUUCGACUUCGCUUUCUCUGCAAAGUGCUAAACUGAGACUCUCUCAUCGUCGGAGUCUUGCGUAGUGGAUGUAGAAGUAUUCGCACAGAAAAACAUAAUAUAUAAUGACCCACAUUUCACAGAUUUCAUUUUCGUUCGUUCCUUUGACACCCUUUGGGGUUUGGCGAAAAAUUCUCGCGUCAAAUGUACCUAUCGCGCGUGUAUAACUGCGUCCUGUGUUUGAAAAUUGCGUUACAAGUUUCAGGAAAAUGCAAUUCUCCAAUAUCCAGCGACGUUUUCCCUCGUCAAAGUAAAUAUCUCUUCUAUUAUCGGUUUAAAAUAUUAUAGGCGUUACUAAAUGAGGACUUACAAAGUCGAACUGUUUUCCAUAAAUUUCAGCCAAUCUACAAUAAUAAUAUUCAUACUCUAAUGAAUGGGUGCAUUCAACAUUAAAACGAAACAAUAUUUUUAUACGAAUUUUUUGGGGUCGCGCGCCUGAAUAAUCAAGCGCACGCCUCAAAAGACAUGUUUUUUAUACCAUAGGCUAGCCGAGUGAUCAUUAAUUUAUAAAAGUAGUCUCCUGAGUUGUAUGAUAUUAAAAUAGGUUGUUUUGUAUGAUUAAUUAUAAUAUAACGAUUCGAAUGUAGAAAUAAGUUAUAUUUGAAUUGCGUGAAUGUAGAUUUUUAAACCGU